CUCCUUUCAUCAGGCGUUUGUCGCUUCAUUCGCAACUUUCCGCUAACUUUGUGGCGUGUUUAGGACCUUAAAAGGCAAUCAUUAUGCCUUAUAUCCUGAUAAGUUGUCAGAUAAGGCUGGUAAGAUCUUCUUUGAUAAUCCUUCUUCUCAAUUACUGUUAUUCUAGUUAAAUGCGUCUCUGAGUAGUUUCGUGCAUUACCACAAUUAGCCUGUAUUGGCAAUCACAGAUUGUGACCGUGUUUGACAUCAUUUAGGCAAGUGGGCCCACAACCUGUGGGGACGAAUUUUCGGACAGAGAAUUGAUGGAGUAUUUGGGGGCCGAGCUGGUGCACACUUUUGGUAACACCUUGUGAGUAUUUUUUGUGAAUGUUUUGAUCACAUAUAACUGUGUGGGGGAUGGUAGGGAGACAAAUGUCGAUUGAUAUCAAAGUUGAAUGUUAAAUUGGAGGGGAACAGGGAACCAGAAUCUUGGAAAGUACGCGCUAGGUAAGAUACAGGAGAUAGAAGAAGAAAGGUCCAGAGGUUGUAGCUGUAUUUUUGGCAUGACACAGGAAAGAAAUACAAAGAUAUGGGAGCGUUUGUUUUAUUAUUACUCAGCAAUGAUUUCGUCAUUGAGGGUGGGAGGCAGCAGUCACCGGAAGUGGACGUGAAAGGAAAGACAGCACGCUUCAAAAUUUGAUAGAUUCCCACGGGCCCUGCUUCCCCCAUCCGUUUUCACUUAGACAAUAUAGUAAUCAUACUGCUUAAUGUCACCAAAAAAAAUGUUUUAUGCUCACAUGUUCAGUAAGGAGUACAUCAGCACUGAUCCACCUUGUGCAGUCCUUAACAGACUGGAAGGUAGAGGAUACAAAGUAAUAGCAGCAACAGGUGUUGGUCAAACAUUAGUCUGGACACUCUACAAGGACGACAACCAAGAGAUUGUGGACAAAGGAAAAGCUGACAGGUAUAUGUAA